GGCGGAACCAAAACUGUUCUUCGUUUCUGGGGGAAUUUAAACUAUAUUCAUUUGAGUUUUUGCUGUAGUGACGGCGAACAGGUUGGGGUACUCAACUUAAAAAACACAAAACAGCCGAGAUGGUCUCCACAGACCAGAGGACCGACAUGAGAGAGAAAGAGGCUGACUGCCCAGUGGUUGUUGCAGUGACGUCCCAUGCAGUGUUUUGAAUCAGGAGGAGCUGAGGAUCCUGAUGGCUUGUAUGCUGGGGGCAUAGCUUUUCCUCUGCUGCAGGCACUACAGAAGGUGAAUGAACGUCUGCUGAAGGAAAAUCCCGCCGAGUCGCUUUUGUUUGAUGUCAUUCUGAUCACCACUGAGAGCCAGCAGCAGCAGCAGAACUCCCGCAUCACAGAGAGCAUCAGACAUCAUGGUCUCAAGGUCAGCAGGUUCUGUUUUUCCAACGAGGAGGAUUUUAUUGAGAAUCUGCUGAACAAUAACGUGCACCUCUUUCUGACAACGAACAGAAACGAGGCAUUGCAGGGUUCACAGAAAGGUGUUCUCUCUGUGCUGCUGGAUGAGCACACAGCUUCCUGUCCAACAGAGCAGCUCAGAGUUUUAUUCUGCGGGGACGCCGUGGUCCAGUCGGAAGCUGGAUCAGCACUGGCAAGCAAACAAGCUGCUCAGAGCUUCUCGACUCAGCUUGGCAAGAUGCGGGGGAGGUUUGGUCCAUUUGACAGCCCCAUCAGCAUUGCCCUGGUGACAUCGCGGGGAGGCAGGGAAAGCUGCGGGGAUGCUCUGCGGACGCUACGCUCCCUCGGCGUGAAUGCAGAUGAAGCAUACUGCCUGGCUGGGGCCCCACGUGGUCCCAUUAAGCGCCUCCUCCAACCUCACUUCCUGCUCAGCGAGUGUUUAAGCAGUAACUGAGCAGACCAGACUGAUGAUGACUUGGUUUUCAGAAAAAACAAAACAAACUUUACUGUGUUUUGAAUAAGCUGCCAAGCUUUCAGACUGAUCUAAGAAUUAGCAGCUUGAACAUUUCCGUCUCAUUCAGCCUUAAAAAGCCAGUGAGGGAGGGAAAGUGAAGCCCUGCUCAUCACCUGAAGUCUUAUCGUUCUGGGAAAAAAUAGCAAACAGUUUGUUUAAACUGAGCUAAAAGAGCUCUGAAUAACUUACUGUGUUACUCAGGCCUUACAGGUCCUAGAUAUAUGACUAUGCUACCAGAGUAACACUUUGGCAUACCUAAGAAAUAAGAAAAAAAUGAACCUUUAAGUCUGUUACCCAAUUUUUUUUGACAUCACUGAAAGUCAUACCGUUAUAGCGUUUUCAGAAUUCAUCAUGUCCCUGAUUACUGUUACUGUUUUUGGGUUGUGUUUUUAAGGUGCAGGGUGGUCUGCUCUUUGUUCUGUGACUGCUUGGGAAGCUGGGCAUGCUACGUCUCUUAUUUGUGUUCAUGCAGGGACAACAAAAAUUACUUUAGUUUGUUCUGUUUGCUCUUUUUUUUUUUCAAAAUAAAAGAGUGAAAUCAA